UCACAGGAGUCGAGACAAGCAGCCAUCUGCCCGUUUUGGCUGGUUUCAACCAUGAAUAACCCUCUCCCCAGAAAGCUCACGCGACGCAAUCCAAUGGCUUCUCCCGUUUAGCUCCAAGCCCUCUUGGGGGGAUUUGGUGACAGGAGCAGCAGCAAAAUGCCCAAACGGCCGAGUACCUACUCGACGAUUCAGUCUGUUCUCGUGUCCUUGGGCACUCACGGCACUGCUUUGCUCUGGACACACCGCAGACGCAGACGCAGAGACACCAAUGUCUGGAACGCUUCCUUCCAUCUUCCACAAUCCUUGCUCGCUACCUCCCACCCCUCGGCCCGGUUGACACCCACCCCCACCCUAUCCCCUGUCGGUACCUCGUGCUGGGUACUCACAGGGAUAUUUCCCGACCCCUACCGCAGUCCACAACUCCCACCAGGAGGUUGCAUGAAGUCCAAACAUGGGUUCCUGGUCGUUGCUCGUCUGUCCAGCGACAGCUUCCUCCACCUGUUCUUGGCCCAGCGUCUAAACCUCCUACGAUGCCGCGACUUAAAUAAACCUCGCUUCCCACCCUCCACCGGCUCCUCCUCUUCUUUGGCCUGCUCAUCAUCUCCACCCACCUUGACGAUUAGACAUCCAGAUCACCACCGCACCAGUUCACAUCAACAACUCUAUCCGCCAGUGCAGAUCAUACCAGGCCAUCACAGCCCACCUUGGUCUCAAGUCCCUACCCAAGCAUCAUCAGUCCUCUAGAACGACCGAUCCGAAGUCGUUCGAUUACACCCCGACAUAUCCUUCUUCCACAACCACAAGCAGCCAUGUGCGACUAUACCCAAAGAGAGUACUCGUGCGGCCACUUCCGGUGGAUCGCCUCGAAGUGGUGCCGCGACUACACCAUCACCCACAAGAGGUGUCAGCCCAACGUCACACAUUUCGAGUACCGGGCC